CUAUUGUUUUUUCAGUGUCAAGCAUUUGAAAUUUCAAAAGAAUGUGGGAACUGUCAAUUAAAUCUGGAAAUUGUAGGUAAUCUUGGAGAUAUUCUUCCAAAUGAAAGAAACUGCACAUUUAAGGAUGCUGAAGACUGUUCCUUCACAUUUGUAUAUGCUUAUGAUAAUAAUAACAGGCUUGUAAUUCAAGUUUUAAAAACCAGAGAAUGUCAAUCUUCAAUACCUGUAUUGUGGAUAGUCGUGGGUGCUCUUGCUGGAGUGAUUCUCAUUGUUCUUAUUGUUUACCUGAUUCUAAGAUUUUAUAUUCAUGUGCAGGAUGUGGAAAGUUAUAAAGAAUUUGAAAGGCGUCUGGGUAUGAAACGAUAUGAAAAAGAGUUUAAAGACCAAGAUCCCAUUCGAAAAUAAAUGUGUGAUGCUGUAAGUAAUGUAUUUCAGUCAAACCUACGACAGAUCAAAAUGCAUCUGAUAAUGGCCACACUCAUGAGCAUGGUCAUACUCAUGAGCAUGGUCAUACUCAUGAGCACAUGACUUCUCCCGGAACAUUUUUGUCGAGAGAUUUGCCUAUAAUGCGAAGAGAUUUUCAGAAGAGAGCUUUUACCGUUGGGAUAGGAGGCCCUGUGGGUUCCGGAAAAACUGCAUUAGUUUUAGCCAUCUCUAAACUAAUGAGAGCGCAUCAUAAUUUGUGCAUAGUGACUAAUGAUAUCUUUACCAGAGAGGAUUGGGAGUUUUUAGUCAAGAACCAGGCCCUCCCAGAAGAUAGAAUAAAAUCCGUAGAAACAGGAGGCUGUCCUCAUGCUGCUAUUCGAGAAGAUUAUUCACUGAAUCUGGAAGUGGUGAAAGAUUUGACCAAAAAAUACAAACCUCAGAUAGUUUUCCUAGAAUCAGGAGGGGAUAACCUUGCUGCAAAUUUCUGUCGGGACUUAGCCGAUUAUAUAAUAUAUGUCAUCGAUGUGGCUGGUGGCGAUAAAAUACCUCGCAAAGGAGGACCUGGCAUCACUGAGAGUGACCUGCUGGUUAUAAACAAAACUGAUUUAGCGGAUGCUGUUGGUGCCGAUCUAGAGGUCAUGAUUGCUGAUGCUAAUGUAAUGCGACAGAAUGGACCCACUGUAUUUAUUCAAGCUAAACAUAUGAAAGGCAUCGACCAAGUUGCAGAUCACAUUCUCAAGGCUUACAAAGAGAUUUGCCAUGAAUCAUGAGAUCCGCUUAUUUCUUUAACACGUGAACUUCAUUUCAUAACAAAUCCUCAUAUUUGCGCCAUGUCAUACAAAGCUACAUCGACGUACUGAGAAUUGUAUUAUAAAAUUCUUCACAACCAAAUGAGUUGCUUGAAUUACUUUUGAUUACUUGUGAUCCUUUUUCACCAGAAAUUUUUUGAAAUUUUGAACACAUUUGUAUUUGCCGUGAAAACAAAAUAUUUUACCGCUA